GAUUGUUCAGAAUGUAUCCUUUAAGAAUCAGUCGUAUUUUGAGCCAACAUAUAUCAGAGGUUAGACGAAAUUUAUUGGUUCUCCAGAAUGCACCCAGAUAUCUACGGAAAACUAAUAAAAUUUCUCGAGCUGAUAUGAGAAUGCUGAGUACUGUAGUGUCGCCAAAUGAAGAGGAACAUAAUAUCAUCAAAGAUACAGAGAGAGUAAUAGGGGAAAGUUCCAAGCAUGAAUUUCAAGCUGAAACUAGAAUGCUGUUGGACAUAGUUGCAAGAUCUUUAUAUUCAGAGAAAGAAGUAUUCAUCCGAGAACUGAUAUCAAAUGCCAGUGAUGCACUAGAGAAGUUUCGUUAUCUGACUGUUGCAGGGAAUGAAGGUGCUGAUAAAAUUGUAGAGUUUGAUAGACCUUUAGAAAUUCACAUAUCUACUGACAAACACAAGUGUACUUUAACAAUACAGGAUACUGGAAUUGGAAUGACAAAAGAUGAGCUAUUGUCAAAUCUAGGAGUAAUAGCUAAAUCUGGAUCUAAAGCAUUUGUUGAAGAGAUGAAGGCAAAACAAAAAAGUGGUGACAAUAAUAUUAUAGGACAGUUUGGUGUGGGUUUUUACAGUGCAUUUAUGGUUGCAAAUAAGGUUGAAGUUUAUUCCAGAGUGGCUGGAAAAGAAGGAUACAAAUGGGCUUCUGAUGGAAUGGGUACAUUUGAAAUCCAGUCAGCUGAAGGUGUACAGUGUGGCACCAAAAUUGUACUUCAUUUAAAAACAGACUGCAGAGAAUUUGCUGAUGAGGACACAGUAAAAGAAGUAAUUAAAAAGUACAGUAAUUUUGUUGGUAGUCCCCUAUAUCUGAAUGGACAGAAAUUCAACAUUGUGCAGCCUUUGUGGUUAACAGAUCCCAAAAGUAUAACAACACAGCAACAUGAUGACUUUUACAGGUUUAUAAGUGGAAGUUAUGAUGUUCCCAGAUAUACUUUGCAUUACAAGACUGAUGUGCCAAUCUCCAUAAGGGCAUUGUUAUACUUUCCUGAAGGAAAACCUGGUUUAUUUGAGAUGUCAAGAGAAACUGAAUCAGGAGUGGCCCUUUAUACUAAGAAGAUAUUGAUCAAAAGCAAAGCUGAAAAUAUUUUACCAAAAUGGUUGAGAUUUAUCAAAGGAGUUGUAGAUUCUGAAGAUAUCCCAUUGAACCUUAGCAGAGAACUUUUACAAAAUAGUACCCUAAUAAAGAAACUAGGAGAUGUUUUAACAGCUAGAGUAUUGAAAUUUCUCCAAGAUCAGUUGAAGAAGGAUGUUGAUAAUUAUAAAAAGUUCUAUGAGGAUUAUGGGCUUUUCAUCAAGGAAGGAAUCAUUACAAAUCAUAUUCAGUCACAAAAGGAAGAUGCAGCUCAUUUACUGUUAUUUGAAUCAUCUCAUGAACAACCAGGGAAGAAAGUCACAUUGAGUAACUACAUUGCAAGGGCAUCAGAAAAUAGGAUCAUCUUUUAUUUGGCUGCUCCAAGUAGAACCUUAGCUGAAUCUUCACCCUAUUAUGAAUCACUAAAAUCCAAAAAGCAAGAAGUAUUGUUCUGUUAUGAACCCUAUGAUGAGCUAGUUCUGAUGCAGUUGCAACAAUUCAAAGGAUACAAAUUAGUAUCUGUUGAAAAAGAUAUGAGAGAUGACAAGGCAGCUAAUGAUCUAACUAAUCUAGGGGAAGACAGCUUGAAACGUAGUGAAAUCAAUGACUUAUCAAACUGGAUCAAAGACAAACUGAGUGGCAAAGUAACAUCAGUAAUUGCCACUACUAGAUUAGAUAGCCACCCCUGUGUAAUAACUGUUGAAGAAAUGGCUGCAGCCAGACAUUUUAUCAGGACACAGGAUAACUUGCCAGAGGAUAAGAAAUAUGCCUUAUUGCAACCUCAGUUUGAAUUUAACCCUAGGCACCCUAUCAUAAAGAAACUGUUUACAUUAAUUAGCACAAAUCCAGAAUUGGCAGAGUUAUUAGCAAAACAGCUAUUUGCAAAUUCCAUGGUGGGUGCAGGCCUAGUUCAAGAUCCCAGAGUUCUUCUAGUUUCAAUGAAUGAUCUUUUAGAGAAAGCUUUAAAUAAACAUUAAUUUC